UAGGCAACACAGCAGUGCCACAACGAAGAACAAACCGUUCGCAAAGUUUUAAGUUAUUUCGAAGAAUCUAAAACUCUUAGAAUACACAAAAAUGGCAGAAGAUUUGAAAAGCAGCUCAUUGCCUUACCAGCUUUACCGUUAUAAUGAGCAAUUACGCCAUUCAAGUCCUCGAAACGGUGGUACACGUCGCAUUAAGACAAAAAUGGAUUUAACCUCAAAACUGAUAACAGAAAAUAUAAAACAUCUCAAUGAUUACGGCGUGGAAGAUUUGAUAGCAAUUAAUCGACAAGUGGAUUUUAAAGAAGAAUUAUCAAUCAAAUAUGAGCUGAUGCAGGAGAAAUGCAUAAAGAAUAGUUCAGAAAAUAUGCCCAGCACAUGGCUGUAGAAAAAAAAACACCUGAAGCACUUUGGAAGACUAGACGAGAUAAAUAAUUCAGAGAGCAAUUAUUAAAACUACUCUUGAGGACAUGAGACCUGAAGUCGAUCAACGUGCUCGGCUUAAUGCUAAGUAAGCUAUUGGUGUACUUACACCUGAAGAAAUUAUCGCGAAAAUGAUGAUAGACGAAGAAAAAUGGAAUGCCGUCAAAAAUUUUGUGGAGGAUAUUAUCCGAAAAAAGAAAGCGCGAAAUGGAAAAUUAUGCUGAAGAGCAUUGAGCAUAGGUUUCUCAAAACAGGCGGCCCUGGACGCAAGGUGAUUAAGUAAGUGUCCUUCUUAGGACGCCGUCUUGGCCCUCUACCUCGAAGCAAUGCGGAAGCAGUCCCGGGGUGGAGGGAAAAAACCAAGAGAAGAGGAGGGAUAUUUUUAAUAGAAUCACCACACACGUAGUAGCAACGGUUACUAUAUGGUGCGAAGGCAUUUUUAACCCAACCUCACCGCCAAAAACAAAAAAAAAAAACAAUGCUAAGUACUGACCACUCACGCCAGGUGGGGUGGUGACUGGCAGCCAAAAGAGCAGUGAGUUUCAAUUCAGCAACGACAUCGGAAGUAUUAGCAACAUAUUGCAAAAUGGGAGAUAAACCAGACCACAAAUUGCCAAAUACGUAAGCAAGCAGAAUGGCGGGCAUAAACGAAUUGCUAGCAGCAACAUUUGUGCGGAUUAAGUUCGGCGUUUUUGUGCACUUUUUCUUCAUCAAAAUACUAUGAUGGCAGAAGUCUUCGAAGAUGGUCGCAGUACAACCAACAGAAAUUCUCCACUAAUAUUAGUUUUAAAAUUAGUAAAAGAAGUUUGUAUUUAUUGUAAUUAAAAGGCGCAUAAAAAAAGUUAAAUAA